GGCCUCUGCCAGUGGUGUCAGACAAGGAGUGUGACUAUUCCUCCGUAGAUGAUUGGGUCACUGACUCAAGACCACAGUCUCCAGAGUCAGUCACAUCUCAAAGUGAGCUUAGGCCCCUCUCUCCUGACUCACCUGUUCCUCAGUUCAGACCUCCCCAUAUCUGUUACCAUGUGGAAUUGUCAAGCCACAGGUCGAUUACACCAGAAUCAACAUUUUCUGACUGGGAAGGUACUGAUUUGUGUCUAGAUACCCUGUUUGAUGAGACCAGACCAGAGUCCCCGCAGUCAGUGUUAUCAGACUAUGAACUUGAUAAGUUAUUUAGCAGCAGGGCAUUGUCCCCUGAAUCAGUGUCUUCCGAUUUUAACUUUUCAAACCUGCAGGACUGGUUGGCAGACUUUAGAGCAUCUUCCCCAGAAUCUGUUGCGUCAGUUGAGCAGCGUCCUUUGUCUCCUGACAUGACAUUUGGCCAGAUGAGCAGUCAACAUUGCAACUAUUACUUGCAGUACUCUGACGUUAGACCAGUAUCCCCUCUUUCAACACUGUCAGAUGUUGAGUAUUCUGAAUUAUGUCUUGAAGAAUUGUUUGACGACAGCAGAGCAGAUUCACCAGACUCACUUACUUCAGAGACUGAAGCUAAACACACAAGCAUAACAAUGACUGCAUCCCAACCGCUUUCCAAUGCGAGACCUCUCACAUAUGCAGAUAUUGUGCGGGGCAUUUCACGUGACAGAGAACCGAACAUUUCUAUAACUGAUAAAUCAUUGCAGUUGAGACCUCUUUGGCCUCUACCAGUGCUAUCAGACGAGGAGUGCGACUAUUCCUCCGUAGAUGAUUGGGUCACUGACUCAAGACCACAGUCUCCAGAGUCAGUCACAUCUCAAAGUGAACUUAGGCCCCUCUCUCCUGACUCACCUGUUCCUCAGUUCAGACCUCCCCAUAUCUGUUACCAUGUGGAAUUGUCAAGCCACAGGUCGAUUACACCAGAAUCAACAUUUUCUGACUGGGAAGGUACUGAUUUGUGUCUAGAUACCCUGUUUGAUGAGACCAGACCAGAGUCCCCACAGUCAGUGUUAUCAGACUAUGAACUUGACAUGUUAUUUAGCAGCAGGGCAUUGUCCCCUGAAUCAGUGUCUUCCGAUUUCGACUUUUCAAACCUGCAGGACUGGUUGUCAGACUUUAGAGCAUCUUCCCCAGAAUCUGUUGCGUCAGUUGAGCAGCGUCCUUUGUCUCCUGACAUGACAUUUGGCCAGAUGAGCAGUCAACAUUGCAACUAUUACUUGCAGUACUCUGACGUUAGACCAGUAUCCCCUCUUUCAACACUGUCAGAUGUUGAGUAUUCUGAAUUAUGUCUUGAAGAAUUGUUUGACGACAGCAGAGCAGAUUCACCAGACUCACUUACUUCAGAGACUGAAGCUAAACACACAAACAUAACAAUGACUGCAUCCCAACCACUUUCCAAUGCAAGACCUCUCACAUAUGCAGAUAUUGUGAGGGGCGUUUCACGUGAAAGACAACCAGUCACUUUUAUAACUGAGAAAUCAUUCGAGUUGAGACCUCUUUGGCCUCUGCCAGUGGUGUCAGAAAAUGAGUGCACACAUUCCUCCGUAGAUGAUUGGGUCACCGACUCAAGACCACAGUCUCCAGAGUCAGUGGCAUCUCAAAGUGAGCUUAGGCCCCUCUCUCCUGACUCACCUGUUCCUCAGUUCAGACCUCCCCAUAUCUGUUACCAUGUGGAAUUGUCAAGCCACAGGUCGAUUACACCAGAAUCAACAUUAUCUGACUGGGAAGGUACUGAUUUGUGUCUAGAUACCCUGUUUGAUGAGACCAGACCAGAGUCCCCACAGUCAGUGUUAUCAGACUUUGAACUUGACAAGUUAUUUAGCAGCAGGGCAUUGUCCCCUGAAUCAGUGUCUUCCGAUUUUGACUUUUCAAACCUGCAGGACUGGUUGGCAGACUUUAGAGCAUCUUCCCCAGAAUCUGUUGCGUCAGUUGAGCAGCGUCCUUUGUCUCCUGACAUGACAUUUGGCCAGAUGAGCAGUCAACAUUGCAACUAUUACUUGCAGUACUCUGACAUUAGACCAGUAUCCCCUCUUUCAACACUGUCAGAUGUUGAGUAUUCUGAAUUAUGUCUUGAAGAAUUGUUUGACGACAGCAGAGCAGAUUCACCAGACUCACUUACUUCAGAGACUGAAGCUAAACACACAAGCAUAACAAUGACUGCAUCCCAACCGCUUUCCAAUGCGAGACCUCUCACAUAUGCAGAUAUCGUGCGAGGAAUUACACCUGAAAAUCAAGGUACUGCUUUGUUUGAAAAAGAUACAAAUUAUCUACAUUUAUUUCCUGACAUGAAAUCAUUACCUUUUCAAACCUCUGCUUCAGUACACGAGUCACAGAAGAAACUGUCACAGCUCAAACUUGACCUUUCUAAUUCCCUGUCAUCACACUCCGGAACAUGCACCAAGGAAUACAGAGUAAAACACAAGCCUGUCUUUAACAACUUAAUAUCACAUUUGUAUGAUCCAAUCUAUAAGGGAAAAUGCAUUUGUUGUGAAACACCUCCAAAACAUUAUGGCAUUAUAGCCACCAGUUCCAUAGAACAACAUUUUUCAAGGUUUUCUUUUGGAUUUUGUAGCACAUCAGCUGAUGACUUCCUAAAUUCGGUCUCACCAGCAUGUCAAAGCGAUUCUGGCAUAUCAAGGUCAGUUGAAACAAUAUCUAUUGGUUGUCCCCAGCAUGCAGUGGAAAGUGAAUUUAAUAAGAUUCUUUCACCUUCAGAGAAUAGACCACUUGAAGCAUUACAUUCAGACGAUGGUAAUCUUUCAUUUACAAAGAACUCAUUCACUGACCAGAGGCCACCUUCUCCAGAAUCGUUUGUCUCCUUAGACGAGUUCACUGCCCUAUCACCUGACUCACAGAUCCCUCCAUUUGAGUGUCGACCUUGUUAUUACUUGCAUUUGUCAGAAGACAGAUCUGUUUCACCAGACUCCGUAAUGUCAGAGAGCGACUGUAGUAAUUCAUGCCUUGAUACUUUUUUUGAUGACAUCAGACCAGAUUCUCCUGAUUCCAUUAUCUCUAAAAGUGAAUUUCAGUCCUUCAGAAAUAUGCCACCUGAUAAUGAGUAUGCAGAGUCAUUUCUUGACUAUUGGCUGUCUGAGCUGGGGCCAGAAACCUCUCAAACUCCUGAAGCAAUCGGAGAUUUAACAGACUUGCAGGAUUCCUUACUAUCCCACUCUACAGUACCUGAUCCUACAGUACUAGAUUUAGAUCCUGCAAUGCAGAUGCCACCAACUGAAACAGUUGAGACAGGACCCACAAACACAAAUGACCAGUCUUUUUUUGUCAGGCCUCCCCUACGGACAACAAAACACCAAAACUAGUUCAGAUCAGACCACAUAGUUUUAGUCAGUUAAGUCACAUGCCAUCUGUAAAACAAAAAAAUGAAUGUCAUCAUGCUGUCUGGCUGGAGAAGGCUUUCUUUGAACAAACUCAAGCAAACAAAACGAAACGAAGACCCCUUGUUAAUGAACAAAAAUGGACCGACCCUGAAUCCCAAUUAAAGAUGACACAUGCCCAAGAUUUGUUUUCCAAGAACAUGAAAAGAAAAUCCAUGAGUGAGGACGAGAGCAAAAGUACAUUGAUGUCGGUAUCAACAGCAUCUUCCAAGACAAAUCUUUCAGAAUCUUCAAAACAGAAAAGUUUCGAUUUAGAAGGAAGGACUCAGGUCUUUCCAAACGAAACACCAUCCUUGGCACAUGAUUCAAAUACAUUUUCCACUGAAAAGCCAGAAUUACCAAGUACCUCUGAUCUAAGUAAAACACAAUUUGAAAUCACAUUGACCAGUGAAAGUAGCUCACCAGAGGAACAAGAUGAAAAGCUGUCAUUCCCCAAACAAAGUGAAGGUUAUGACUUGGAUAAACCAAGCUCAGAGACCCCAGACUCAUUCUGUCAAACAGCUCAAGACGGUCCAGAGGAUAAACCAAGCUCAGAGGCCCCAGACUCAUUCUGCCAAACAGCUCAAGACAGUCCAGAGGAUAAACCAAGCUCAGAGACCCCAGACUUAUUCUGUCAAACAGCUCAAGACAGUCCAGAGGAUGAACCAAGCUCAGAGACCCCAGACUCAUUCUGUCAAACAGCUCAAGACAGUCCAGAGGAUAAACCAAGCUCAGAGACCCCAGACUCAUUCUGCCAAACAGCUCAAGAAAGUCCAGAAGAUAAACCAAGCUCAGAGACCCCAGACUCAUUCUGUCAAACAGCUCAAGACGGUCCAGAGGAUAAACCAAGCUCAGAGACCCCAGACUCACUCUGUCAAACAGCUCAAGACAGUCCAGGGGAACAAAUGAUUAGGUCCUCGGAGUUCACUCCAACACCACCAGGGUCUGGGUCCCCUCAGCUUGACAAACUGCUGUCAGAUCUGGAGGAGAUGAAACUGAAGUUUAUACCAGAGACACUUGACACUCCUCUGUCAGAAUCAAGUGUUGAAAGCCCUGAAGAUGAUCUGAUUUUUGAGUAUGAAGAACUUUCACCUGAAGAUGAAUUCCCAACAGAAACUACUGACCCCCUAAGAGUCAGCAUGCCAUCUGAAAUACAGCUUGGAGAAGAUAGUAGCCACACAAAUGUAGCAGUCACAGAGCCUGCACAUUGCCAGACAUCCAUUCAAGAUGAACCUGAAAUAGUCACAAUCACUAGUGGUCUAACAAAAACCUCUGAGACAAGUAUACCAUCAAGCCUUGGUAGUUGUAAUGAUAGUCCUGUAUCCCCAACUGACUCAAAUCCUCCAGAAUCUCCCCAACGAUUUUGUGAAGUCACGGAGCCAUCAUUGAGCUCAAGUUCUCCUUUGGACGAAUUGCACCAUAGCAAACAUGAUGUUAUUAAUGUUAGUGAGGCAUUUUCUCCAGCGUCUUUCCUCACAGUAGCUGCAAAGAGUCACGAUGAUGCACCAGAAGAACACCUGGCCGAUCUUCCUGAGGAAGAUUCUACAACUGACAUUCUUCAAAGUGAAGGAGAAGUUGAAUCAGCUUUAUUAUCUACUGACUCAAAGGAUGUGACCCAAGAAAUGUUAACACAGGGUCCCCAAGAUCAACCUCCACAUUUAGGGGAUGAAACUUCUGUUGAAGCCACUCAGAAUGAAGAUUUCUCCUCUCAGUCUCUCUCCGAUUUGACUCCAGAGACAGUUAUAUCUGCAAGACAUUUUAGCUUUGAAAACCUGAUGCCGUACCCCUCUGCAGGGAACUUUGAGACAUCCUCAGAUGAGGAUAGGCCAAGGACCAGUGGAGCUUCAGAAGGAUCUCUGACUUCUGUAGACUUGAAGUGUUUUAGCUCUCAGCCCAAACACAAAGCAGAGAUGACUUCAUCGACCUCCGAUGAGGAGUACAGCAUCCCACCUGGGUAUGCAGAGACCUGUUCUACCACAACCAUGAAUACCCACAUGCCUCCAGAAUAUGCAAAAGUUGUGUGUGGUGGUGCAGACAGCCCAACCUUUGAAUACUCUGACCCCGAGCCUUACUUUGAUUGCAAACAGGCUUCAUCAGAUUUCUCAGAGACUGAGCCUGAUGAACCUGAUCAAAGAACGAGGUCAAGGAGAGAUCAACCCCAUGAUCAUGUCAGCCACCCUAGAGUACAAGAAAAGGUUAACCGAAUGGUCCUGUUGUCUUCUGGAAGUGAAGAUUAUGAGGAUGCUUCUUUUGUCCAUGAGCCUCUUGAUAAUAUAAAUGAAGAGAAUGAAGAAUCGAUAAAUUAUUCAGGAACAUCGGAUGAAGAAUUCAUCUUGUGUGAGGCUUCACAACUGCCUCCAGUCUGUGAAAUUGGGGCAUAUGAUGAUACUGAUAAAUAUCUCACAAGGGUAAGACGAGAUUUGGUAAACCACCCCGACAUGCAAGUUUUUCCCAGAGCUGAGCUUAACCAAAUACUAUAUUUGCUUCAGAAAGGAAUGACUGCUAACCCUCUGGCCACGUGGAUGGGAUCUAAAACUCCUUAUAACCCUUAUUUUGUUUUGAUUUCAAACUUAACCAGUCCUGACUCAGCAUGUCACUUUGCUGCUUCUAACCAGCUGUGUCACUCACUGUAAUAACACAAGCUACAUGUUCUCUCAUCGGCAGUAAUCACAUUAAUAACUAAGCAAAAGCAUGGUAUGUUUUGCAAAUGUUUUCCAAGAUGCAGACUGCUAUGUUGUACUUUCCGGUGUGAGAUAUCAAAAUUCACUAUAAAAUACUUGUUGGAAAGUGCACCAUAUCACUCUGCUCGUCGCUUGCUUUGCUGUAAACAUAUAUUGUCAAUCUUAAUGGGUUUCUGUUGCUUGGUCAGGAGAUCGCCGCGGAGCUCGGGUCAA